AUGGGGCAGCCGGUCCGUGUCCCCGCCAUGGGGCAGCCGCCGGGCGCGGCGCGGCGGCUGCGGGGCCUGGCCCGCGUGUGGCCGCGGUUCCUGAGCGCCGCCGAGGAGGCCGCGCUGGGCCGCGAGCUGGAGCCGCUGCUGAGCCGCCAGCGCUACCAGUUCGACCACUGGGACGGGGCGAUCCAGGGUUUCCGGGAGACGGAGCGGGGGCGCUGGGGGGCAGCGAGCCGGGCGGCGCUGGAGCGGGCGGCGGCAGCCGCCUUCCCCCCGGCGCCGCCCCCGCUGCCGCUCGUCCACGUCCUCGACCUGCACCCGGGCGGCCACGUGGGCCCCCACGUCGACAGCGUCAAGUUCUGCGGCUGCACCAUUGCGGGGCUCUCGCUGCUCUCCGCCAGCGUCCUGCGGCUCGUGAGCUGCCGCGACCCCCACGAGUGGCUCGAGCUGCUGCUGGAGCCCGGCUCCCUCUACGUGCUGCGCGGCGCCGCUCGCUACGACUUCACCCACGAGAUCCUGCGGGACGAGGAGUCGUUCUUCGGGGGCCGCCGCGUGCCCCGGGGCCGCCGCCUCUCCCUCAUCCUCCGCAAUGCGCCGCAGCCCCCCUAGGCAGCAGGUCCUUGGUGGUCAUGGGCUUGCGGGUGAGGUAGCGCCGCACGGCCUCCUCCGUCAGCUGCACGUCCCUGCGGGGCCGGAGGAGGGCACGGCCUGGGGGACCCCUCUCACCGCCAUGAACAGUGCCGACGAGGUCUCGCUGUCGAUGUCGCUCUCCUCCGAGGUCUGGGACUCAUCGCUGCUGUCUGCGGGCGCCCAAGUGUCACCCCCGGCCCCGUUCCGGCUGCUUUUACCCCCAAACCACUUUUUUUUUCCUUUCCCUUUUCCCACGUCUUUGAACUGACAUAAACGCUGCCCCCCCCCACACAA